UUGGACUUUAGAAUAAAAUUUUCUGUAACUUCUGGCACAGUGCAAUACAUCUCUUUAACUUGUAACUUAUAAUUAAAUUUAUUUUGCACACCACACAGCUGCACACUUGUAUGCAUACACAUGCUUUAAAGGGCAUACUUGUUUACAUGUAUGUUAAUACUUGUUUGUGAUAUUUAUUUUUGCCCCAUACUUUGUGUGGUUGGUGAAGUUCCCCCUGGGAUCUGCCUGCUGUGGUUCCGUUCCAUCUACAAGUGUGUCAGAAUGAUGAUAUAAUGAUGGAACAGAAUGUGAUGGAAUACGAGACUGUGUUUGUUGGCCCAACAACUUGAAGACAGCCUUGAACCAUUUGUCUAGUAACAGUUAUCAUACAAUUCAGUAUUAAAACAUCACUGGCAUGAAGUUACCUCUGGACGUCUGGUAAGUUGAUUACAUUUUCCAAAUGCCACAAAAAGUCUCUUCUUGAAGUCAAGAUUUCAUGAACAUCUGAUUGCACUGUAGAUAUAAAAUCAUUGUGUUGAGCCUGUAUUUGAUUACCUUUGAUUCUACUAACUAAUGUAGUUGACAUUAGCAGAUUGGUUUUAGAAGUAACAGUGAAAACAAACAUAAUACAGUAUAGAAACAGUGUAUUGGAAACAUGAUGAGAAGAUACUAUGAGCAGAAAUUAGUUGAAUCUCAUCUCUCACUGGUUACUUUGUUCAGCUUUUACAAUACUGUAAAAGUUUCCAUCUGUAUUUUAAGUCUGCUGAAAAUAAAAUAACCAUAUUAUACAAACAAUAUAUAGCUGCAGUUUGUUUACUUAUUGCAAUGGGAAGAUGAAUACAACAAAAGCAGGAAAAAAUCUGUCUGGAGGUAAAGGGUCUAAAAAUCUAGUAUUUUCCUGUGGGUUAUUAGUGCUUCUUUAAAUGUAAUUUUAAGAUUUUAUUUUAAUUGAAGCAUAUGUUUACUUACAUGACUUUGUGCGUCUAAAUUCCUUCUUUUCUACUCUGCUCUCGGGUGUGAGAAAUAAACAGCAGAUUUCCUCUUGCACCAUGAUUGAUGACCAGGACUUUCAGGUUGUUGUAGGAGGCCUGAUCUCCUCCUCCUCCUCACUCUAUGAAGUCCAGGAUAUCCUGGGGUGUGGCGCCUAUGGAGAAGUCACCCAGUGCAGGAAGUUAGCCACCAAUGAAACGGUGGCUGUAAAAAUCCUCAAAAGCAAGACAUGCAUUGAGGAGGCAAAGGAAGAGGAGGUAAUCCUUAAAAAGAUGAAAGAGCUUGACUCAGAUAUGUUUAACAUCGUCAGAUGGAACGACUCCUUCACCUUCGAGGGACGUUUUUGUCUUGAGUUUGAAAAGCUGGAUAUAAAUCUGUAUGAAAUCCUGCAGAUGAACAAUUUUCAGCCUCUUAAGUUGAUGGAGAUCCGCCCCAUUGUGCAACAGUUGGCUAUAGCUCUGGAGUUUCUAAAGCGCAUAGGGAUUGUUCAUGCAGAUUUAAAGCCUGAAAAUAUUAUGAUGGUGGACCAUUUACGGCAGCCAUUGAGAGUGAAAAUCAUCGACUUUGGCUUAGCCUUUGUCAAUCCCGAGGAAUGGACGGGUGUGACUCUUCAGACCCAAUGGUACAGAUCGCCAGAGGUCCUGCUGGGAGCUUCCUUUAAUGAGGCUAUUGACGUAUGGUCUCUGGGCUGCAUUGCAGCUGAAAUGUUGAUUGGCACUGCACUGUUCCCUGGCAAUGAUGAAUAUGAUAUGAUGAGGCAUAUCUUAUGCGCAACUGGGAAACCACCUGACCAUCUGCUGAAUGCUGGAUUGUAUACAGAACAGUUUUUCAAUGCAAAAUACACAGGAUUGGAACCCCCCCUGUGGAGAUUUAUGUCAACAGUUGAAGCGAAGAAUAUUACCUGUAACCCAGUCACAAUUACCGGUCUGAGUGAUCUUAAGAAGGUGUCCUGUAAACUCUCAGGAGAAGAUGCCAGUGCUGAUGAAUGUGACCGGGCAAGCUUUGUCGACUUGAUAACAAAGACACUGAAGGUGGAUGCAUCUGAAAGAAUUACCCCAAGCCAAAUUCUUCAGCAUCGAUUUAUAACGAUGAGCCACCUCGUCGGCACAUUUGACAGCCACCAUGUGAAAUUGUGUGUGAAGCUGAUGAACAUCUGCCACGGUCGGAGUUCUGAUGAUGAUGAGGAUGUGAAUCGGGUGACCCUGAAAACUUGCCUGAUCGUGAAGGCCUCUAACUGCACUGCCAGCCCGGCCUGUGUUCCAAACGAGGGUCACCCAAGCAGCAGGGAGGAACUGUCCCUCCAGAGCAGCGUCAUCAGCGAGAAAAACUGUCCACCGAAGAAGAGAAAAAGUGAUGGUGCUGAUGAAUCAGAGUGUGGCAACAUAAUCCCAGCUAAGACAAGGAGUGAUGAAUACCUGGAUGCAGUGCCAACAGAGGCAGGUGAGCAAGCAAUCCCACAAAGGUCACCACUGUACAAAAGAAAGAGGGAUGAUGUUGAUCCAUGCAUAACCUCAGAUGGCAACUACCCAGCAAAGAAGAAGAGUGUAAACCUCAAUAAAGAGCUGACAGACAGCAUGAAAAAAUUUCUCAGCAACACAGAACAGGCCAGGUCCAGCCAUGCCUGGGAUGAUCAUAUAAAGAAGAGAAAGAAGACCAAUGAGGAUGAUUCAGGCUCAAAACAAGCAAAAAUCUCUGCAAACAAGAGGAGUAAGGGAAGUCUGGAGGAGAAGGGUGAACCUACCUGACAGAUAAUGUCAAUUAAAACAAUGCUGGCACAUCCCUCCAUUCAGACUCAAAGGCUGACAAAACUGAA